GUUUGGCAUCAUAACAUGUAGUAGGGUUACAUCUCAUCACAUUAAUAAUGAACUUUUUCGGUUGGUGUUCGAGCUAGGUGUGUUUGAGGUAUGCUCGAGAAAAUUUUGUUUCUGGCGUUUUCGGCGAAGUUCCAAGACGCGUCGCGUCCAUGAGACCACGUGGCUGGUGAGAAGAUGUUUGCCUGGACCAAAUAAAACGGCCAAAAAAUCGGGAAAGUUCUGUGUGCAUAACUUUUCCUUCAGCUUUGCCCACCCGCUUCGUCUCCAGCUUUCUAUUCAAACCAUGGCUGCUCAGGCAACGUUCAAGACCAUUAAGGCUGUCAUUCCUCUACUCGACCGUGUGUUGGUGCAGCGAUUCAAGCCCGAAACUAAAACAGCUUCUGGGAUCUUCCUGCCUUCCUCAUCGACCACUACGCCCUUACCUGAAGCGACCGUGAUUGCCGUGGGGCCUGGAGCACCUAAUAAGAAUGGGAACGUCGUUCCUACUCAGGUUAAGGCUGGCGACCGGGUGCUGCUCCCUGGCUGGGGAGGAAAUUCGAUCAAAGUAGGCGAAGAGGAGUACUUUUUGUUCAAGGAUUCGGAGAUCCUCGCAAAGAUCAAGGAGUGAUAGGACGGCACGGCCACGACGUUUGCUCCGAGUUAAGCAACAUUUUAUAUACGUUAAU